AUGAUUCUGUCCUACGUCGCGCAAAACAUCAGGCGGCUCGCGCUGUCGCCCUUCCUGUCUCCUGGGUCGCGACCGGAGGCUGUCUCCGGCCUUCCAACUGACCGGUUUUUCCCCGCGGGGGCAGACGCCGCCACCUCGCUCUGCUUCGCCUUUGCGCCUCUCGUUGUCCUGCCUCUCCUCUUCUUAGGGACGCAGCGUGUGGCGCGGAAGUCAGUUCUCUUCGUUUUCACUUUUUUCUGUCUCUUUUUCACCGCUCUCGUGGUCGCCCCGCAAGCGAGCCGCGAGCGACUCUUCCUCACCGGAUCGUCCUUCCGCGCCUCGUUUCUUAAAGUCGGUCGCCGCCGCGGGACCGCGAUUUGGUUUGUCGACCUAGCUGGAAUCCCGCCUGCAUCUAAGCAGAGUCGCGCUUGCCUCGGGCAUGCGCUCGGGGUCGAGGCCCCAGAGGCGCCUUCGUCUCCGAAAUGGGCGUCUUUCUUCGGGCGAUCCUUUCGCGUCCCUCCCGCUUUCGCAGGGCUUGCGCCUCUCUGUCCAUCUCCUCUCGCGCGUCUCCGAAGGCCUCCUUGUCAGCUGCCGUCUUUGCCGCUCUUCGUGGCGUUCCCCGUUCUCUCUGCGACCAUCACGCGAGCCUUGCCCCCCUUGGCGCCCGCAGUCUCCGGCGAGACGGAGACUGUAGCGCCCCUCCGGCUCCGCCUCGCGUCAAGCGCUGCGUUUGACACCUGGAGCCUGCUCGGAGUUCGCGGCGCGCGUGGUGAGAGAGGCGCACGAAGUGGAGGAAACGCGCGAGAGACGGCAGGCUUAGGCGCGGCUUUUCGUGCACCCGCCGGCGCGCCUUAUGGAAGCCGACGGGAAGGCUUUUCAGAGCGGAGAGGCAGAGGCCUCGGCGGCCGCGGCGACACGACGCGAGGGCUGCCGAGCGAAGCGGACGAGGCGCAACUCAACAAACUCCCUGCGCCUCUGCGCGACCUCCUGCGGAGUCUGCGGAGACUUCCCCCCAACGACACGCGAGCCAGGAUGGAGCGCCUGCUGUCGCUCGGCAACGGCCUGCAGCAGCUGCCAUUGCAGUUCCGCACCCGAGACACACUCGUCCUCGGAUGCCAGUCUUUGGUUCAUGUGCAUGCAGAGGCGCGGCCAGACGAAGCCGGAGUGUUGCGGAUGCACUACACGGGGUCUGCAGACGCGCUGACCACCAAGGGCCUUCUGCAGCUGCUUGUGCGUGGCCUCUCGGGGUCGACGCCGGAUGAAGUUAUCGCCGUCCCGCUGAACAUUAUGGCGUUCGCAGGUCUGACGCACUUCAUCACCCCGAGCCGGAUGAACGGGUUCACAAAUAUUCUGAAGAAGAUGAAGGAGCAAGCUGCCGCAGCUGUCGAGGCGGCGCCUGUGAAGAGGGAGAACGGGCGCGAGGGGGGGGCGCGGGGCGGAGACCACGAAGAUCUCUAG